AUGGCCUCGGAUGCUUUCCGGUUCCCGUCGCUCGACGAGACGCUCAACCACCCUGCGUGGCCCGGCGCCAAAUGGGAUCUCAUACCGGACAGCCAAGGCAAGGCAUCUGUCGCCAAGGAGCGCUCAGGGCCCAUUGAUAUCUCCUGGCAGAUUCACGGCCAUGGGCCGAUAAAGAUUGUGCUCAUCAUGGGCCUCGCCGCCAGCAUGAACGCGUGGCAACGGCAGACGUGCUACUUUGGCCACGACCACGCCGACAAGUACACGAUGCUGCUGCUCGACAACCGCGGCGUCGGCACCAGCGACAAGCCGCUGGCGCGGUACACGACGACCGAGAUGGCCGCCGACGUCGUCGAGGUGCUCGACCAGAUCGGCUGGACGGCCCCGCGCUCGCUGCACGUCGUCGGCAUGUCGCUCGGCGGCAUGAUUGCCCAGGAGCUGGCCUGCGCGCACCCGCAGCGCCUGCGCAGCCUGACGCUGCUCUGCACCACGGCCGGCCUCGAGAGCGACAAGCCGCUGCUCGAGACGCUCUGCGACCGCUUCCAGCUCCUGCGGCCCAAGUCGCUCGAGCGCAUCAUCCGCGACACCGCCGCCCGCCUCUUCCCCGAGGCCUGGCUCACCGCCCCCGACGAGGCCGCCGGCCUGCCCUCGCCGCACACCACCUACCGCUGCGGGCCCGCGCCGCCCCGGCACAGCACCGGCGAGGCGGCAGCCGCCGCCGGCACGACGCUCCGCCCAAACGACAGCGGCGUCGACCUCUCCCCGAGCUCGACGGCGGGGUCCUCCAUGGCCGAGGCCAUGGAAAAGGGCCUCGACCUCAACGGCACCGCCGCCACCACCAGCAACAGCGAGGGCGCCUACCGCCGCUUCGGCAGCAACUAUCAGCGCUACCAGGCCGAGGAGAUGAAAAAGUACUACCCGCCCAACGUCUUUUCGCGGCAGGGGCUCCUGUGCCAGCUGGCCGCCGUCGUCGGCCACCGCAAGUCGGCGUCGCAGCUGCGCGACAUGGCCGACCGCGUCGGCCGCGAGCGCAUCCUCAUCGUCCACGGCACAAACGACCGCAUGAUUGGCGCCAACAACGGCGAGAAGCUCAUCCGCAUGAUCAAGCCCGGCGUCGGCCUCAUCAUCGACGGCAUGGGCCACGCGCCCAUCAUGGAGCGCGCGGGCUGGUUCAACGAGCUGAUGGAGACGCGGCUGACCGCCUGGUCGCAGCUCGACACGGACUCCAAGAUGUAG